GGCUCUUGAAUGCAACAAUCUCACGGGCUCCUUUCCUGACAGCAUAUCCGCUCUCACGGCUCUCACAAAUCUGUACCUUAAUAGUACCAAGCUCACAGGCUCUAUUCCCAACAGCAUCUCUGCGCUCACGGCACUCGAAUACCUGAGUCUUAGCUAUAACAGUCUCACGGGCUCCAUUCCUGACAGCAUCUCUGCGCUCACGGCACUCAAAUUGUUAGAUUUGAAGUACAACCAACUUACCGGGCCUAUUCCAGCCGCAUUUGGGAGUCUUUAUGGACUGCAAACCAUGAAUAUUGAUGGCAACGACGUCACUUGUCCUGCUGACAACGCUAGCUGCGGCCAAACCCCAGUGGCACAGGCGGGCUUAUGCUGGAAGUGUGACACCUUCACCUUUUGUAUUACAUGCCAGCGACCAACAGGUUUAUUCGGAGGUGCAUCUGGAGGUGGAGCCGGAACUCCCUACUCCCCUUCUGCCUCACCGCCACCACCUAAGCCUAUUG